UUUCGGCGGGAAGCGAUCAUGGCGGCCGUUGCCAUGGAGGUGGCUGGGCCUAAGAAGCCUCCGCCGGGGGAGAGACGCGGGGGAGACGGAGGAGGGGGAGACGCCGCCAUCGCCACCUCCAGCACCUCUGGGAGUGGCCAUUAUGAGUUGCCCUGGGUUGAAAAAUACCGGCCUGUGAAGCUGUCGGAAAUAGUUGGCAAUGAAGACACCGUUAGCCGACUGGAGGUCUUUGCAAGGGAAGGAAAUGUCCCGAAUAUUAUUAUUGCAGGCCCUCCAGGAACUGGUAAAACCACCAGCAUCCUCUGUUUGGCUCGUGCCCUUCUGGGCCCUUCACUGAAGGAUGCUGUGCUGGAGCUGAACGCAUCAAACGACAGAGGCAUCGAUGUCGUGAGGAACAAAAUCAAGAUGUUCGCUCAGCAGAAGGUCACGCUGCCGAAAGGCCGGCAUAAAAUUAUCAUCUUGGAUGAAGCAGACAGCAUGACGGAUGGAGCCCAGCAAGCCCUGAGACGGACUAUGGAGAUUUAUUCCAAGACGACUCGCUUUGCCCUUGCUUGCAAUGCUUCGGACAAAAUCAUAGAACCCAUCCAGUCUCGCUGCGCGGUCCUCCGCUACACCAAGCUGACGGAUGCGCAGAUCCUCGCGCGGCUCAUGAAAAUCGUGGGGAAGGAGAACGUGGAGUACGCGGACGAUGGGCUGGAAGCCAUUAUCUUCACCGCCCAGGGGGACAUGAGGCAGGCACUGAACAACUUGCAGUCCACCCAUUCUGGAUUUGGAUUUGUCAACAGCGAGAAUGUAUUCAAGGUGUGCGAUGAGCCGCACCCUCUGCUGGUGAAGGAGAUGAUUGGACAUUGUGUCGGUGCGAAUAUUGAUGAAGCUUACAAGAUCCUUGCCCAUUUGUGGAGGCUCGGCUACUCACCCGAAGACAUCAUCGGCAACGUUUUCAGAGUGUGUAAAACCUUCCAAAUGGCCGAGUAUCUGAAGCUGGAGUUCAUCAAGGAAAUUGGCUACACUCAUAUGAAGGUGGCAGAAGGGGUGAACUCGCUCUUGCAGAUGGCCGGAUUGCUGGCCCGGCUGUGUCAGAAGACAGCUGCUCCUACGGCGAGCUGAAAGCACAGACGGGGGGGCAUUAGCGUGGUGUGGAUCCCGCGAGCUGGCUGCAGCCAGGUCCGAUGAAGUCGGGAUUAUUUUGACUUGCGCUUGGCGGCUCCGGCCCCACCCAAAACGUUUGUGUUCUCGUGUGACUUGUACGUGUUUUUUUUUAACACUUCAGACCAAAUAAAGUUUGAUAUAAAAACUA